GUGAAAAACGUGACUCCUCUUAGCGUCGCCUGCUACCUGCCGAUGUUGCAUCAUCUUUCAUCUGGUUGGUAAUGCAUCGUACUUAAUACCUUGGCCUACCAUUGAAGUUUGCGACCUCUUCCAGUCGGGGAAGAUCGAGACGAAAUCUAAAAGAAGAGCGUCGCCACUGAAAGACGCUUUUCGUUGUCUCUACCCUUCGUCAGCCAUCUUCUGGACGAGUUAGCAAAGCUCUACUUGACGCCUAGACAAGAUCCUUUCCUUUCUCUCAAAUUGCCGCGAGUCACUGCCUCACGGCCUUGAUCUCAAGAAGAGUCUCCGAGCCGAACUUCAAUAGCAAUGGCGUCCAAAAAGACAAACAUCAACACCAAAUUUGCAGAAAAGGCUGAAGCGCUGAAGCCCGAAUUGCAUGAACGAAUAGUUCAUCCCCUUUCCGUCAUAGAAUUCGUCCCCGAUCAAACAGCCUUCUUCAAAUGCAAGGCAAUUGAAACUCACACAAUCCAAGACUUACCAAGUCUCUCAUUCGGAAAGGACGACCAAAUUAUCUUAGAUUUCGGCUCUCAUCAUGUUGGCUACCUCUCCUUCCAUGUUGGCGUUGACGCAGUCGAUGUCGAUGCUCCUACAAGAUUACGAUUAACAUUCGGAGAAAUUCCAUACGAUGUCACGGAGGAUCUUCAUCCAUCCAAGGCUGGAAUAAGCACCAGUUGGCUUCCAGACGAAAUUAUUAAUGUGGACUGGCUUCCUACAGACGUUAAAAUGCCACGAAGAUAUGCCUUUCGAUAUCUCAAGAUUGAAGUGCUAGAUACCUCCCAAAGAUACAAAGUUCGCUUCCAAAACGUUAAAGUUCGAGCUGUGAGUGCAAUUUUGCCUGCAGUCAAAGUUGAGGCUUUGAUAACUACGGACAAAAAACUCAACGAAUUGGAUCGCAUCAGUCAAGCUACUUUACGGGACUGUGCUCAAACUGUCUUUGAAGAUGGACCUCGUCGAGAUCGAAGAUUGUGGCUUGGUGAUCUCAGAUUACAAGCUCUGACAAAUUAUUGUACAUUCAAGGACUUCAGGCUCGCCAAAAGAUGUCUCUAUCUCUUUGCAGCUUUGCCUCGAGAAGAUGAAAGUCUGCCAGCUUGUCUCUUCGAAAAGCCAAAAUUAUCAGCUGCUUCAGAUUACAUCGUGGACUAUGAUGCACUCUUUGGUCCAACUGUUUAUGAUUACGCUCUUGCAUCUGGCGAUUUGGAAACAGCAAGAGAAUUGUGGACAACCGUCUUGGGAAGCAUGAAAAUGCCCAUGAGCCAUCUGGACAAGAACGGAAAGUUUGACUCGAGAGCUACAGAAGCCUGGAAAUUCCUUGACUGGUCUGAGGGCUUAGAUACAAAUGCUGGCAUGCAUGGACUUGUUUUGUAUUGUUGCAAAAAAGUCAACAAACUUGCGAAAUUGAUCGGAGAGGAACCUCCAUACUUGGAUAUUGUGGAGAGGAUGACUGGAGCUACAUCUUCUUUCUACAAUAAGACUCUUCGGGUUUUUGUAAGUGGUCCAGAAAGGCAAGUAUCCUGGAUAAGCCAAGCAUGGAUGGCGCUGUCUGGAGCCGUGGACUCACACAUCUCUCUGGAAGCAAUCAGAACGGCAAUGAAAGAUAGCAAAGCUCUCAAACCGCUGACUCCAUACGCCUACCAUCAUGUUGCCGAAGCUCUUGCUCGAUGCGGUGGUGAAGCUGAUUGUUUGAAGCUCAUGAGAGACUAUUGGGGAGGUAUGGCUCGAGCUGGCGCAGAUACCUUCUGGGAAUGUUUCGAUGCUGAAGAUUCAAGGAGAAGUCCAUAUGGAGACUGUCAUAACAACAGUUAUUGUCAUGCUUGGAGUUGCACUCCAAGCUACUUGCUCAGAGUGGUGCUGAAUGAAUAUUUCAAAGUUGAAGCUCACAAUUGGACAAGGCUGACGGACCAGAAAUAAGAUAAUAUGACUCGAUUGUGCCGCGCUAGCAGGCACGUUAAGAUUCUCCCAGUCGUAUAACUUGGCAAAUCAUCUUCAAGCUAACGAGGCAAUAUUUUCUCUU